GAAAAAUAAAGCAAAAGAAUUCCACAAACAAAAAAAUCCAAUUUCUCCUCCCUCGGUUUCCUCAAUCUGCCCGAUUGUCCCUCCCGCCCCCGAACAAAAUUCCAAUCCUCCUCCUGCUGCUGCGUUCUCUUCCUCCCUCUCCUCUCCAGAUUCAAACAUUUCCUUCCUCUCCUCCCCUCCCCUCCCCGAUUACCUCUCCCUUCCUUCUCUCCGUCGCCCCCGCCUCCUCCUUCGCCGUCGCCGCCACCGCCACCUACGCCAUCGUCGUCCUUCCUCGAGGAUUCCCUCGACUCUUCUCGGCCAUUGCGCGUGGAUUGCUCGGGAGAAGCUGCUGAGAGAAAGAGCGAGCUAGAGCGAGAGCGAGAGAGAGAGAAGCGCUUGUGUUUCUUUCUCUUUGUCUUGAGUUAUGCAGAGCCAGUUGGUGUGCAACGGAUGUAGGAGCAUUCUUCUUUAUCCAAGAGGAGCUUCAAAUGUUUGUUGUGCCUUAUGUAAUACAAUUACAUCAGUCCCUCCUUCGGGGAUGGAAAUGGCUCAACUUAUAUGUGGAGGUUGCAGGACUUUGCUAAUGUAUACACGUGGUGCAACCAGUGUCAGAUGCUCUUGCUGUCAUACUGUGAACCUGGCACCAGUGUCUAGUCAGGCUGCUCAUGUAAACUGUGGCAACUGCCGGACGACACUUAUGUAUCCAUAUGGAGCUCCAUCUGUGAAGUGUGCAGUCUGUCAUUAUGUCACAAAUGUCAGUGUGGCAAAUGUGAGGGUUCAACUGCCAGUGAACAGAACAAAUGGUACAGGUGCUACGCUGCCAUCCACUUCCUCAGCAAUGCCGCAAUCACAGACUCAGACAGUAGUUGUCGAAAAUCCAAUGUCUGUCGAUGAAAGUGGGAAAUUGGUGAGCAAUGUGGUUGUUGGAGUCACAACAUAUAAAAAAUAAGGAAGCGGGGGAGGCUUUUGGAGAUGUUUGCUUGUAUCCAAUUUGAUUAGGGUUAGGGGUCAUGGCUUUUGGGGUUUGGGAGGGGGUGGAGGAUGGGAACUGUGUGUAUAAUAUUUCAAUGGAGAUUAAACAGAAAGAGAAAGAAGCUAUAGAGAAAAGAAGCCUUGGGGAAGAAAUUUAAAAAAGAAAGUGGAUGUACAUUUUGGAGAGGAACUUUGUACCAUUCAUGCAUAUUUUGUACUCUACUCAAAACCAUGGUGACUCACCCUGCUGCUGUAAUCUUUCAGAUUUAUUUGAUUACAUUUUUGGUAAUCUCUUACAGAAAAUCUUCAUCUGUACAUCUCUUAUAUAAAUGACUAGGACAUUCUGUUUUGGG